AGACAGCACGGAAGUGAGGUUGGUGUUUUGGUUCCUGCUGUCAGCGGGAUGAUUUGGGAAAACAGUACUGAAGCCCCAGAGAUAACCAUGGAGGAAGUUCGAAACUUAAUCAAAAAGAAAGAUGAAAUCGAAGAACAAAUCAAAGCUUACCACGAUGUGUUGGAAGACCAAGGUGUCGGACUGCAGACUCCCCUGGUAGAUGAGGAGGGGUUCCCCAGAGCAGACGUCAACCUUUACCAAAUUCGAAACGCGAGACACAAUAUUUCAUGUCUGCAGAAUGACCACAAAGCUAUCAUGGUCGAGAUAGAAGAAGCUCUGCACAAGCUACACGCCAGGGAAAAAGCCAAGCGUGCCCAGGAUGAGGUUGAAGCACAGGCUGAAGCGAUGGACGUUCAGGUCACUCUACCCACCCCUUUUGCGCGAGUUGAUGCAGUCACACAAGGCUCCCCAGCCUCCGGAGCGGGCCUCAAAGUGGGAGAUGAAGUGAUUGAAUUUGGUUCUGUGACAACCAACAACUUUCAGAACCUCCAGAACAUCGCCUCUGCCGUGCAGCACAGCGAAGGGAAACCUCUGCGUGUCGCUGUGAUUCGCAGUGGACAAAAGGUUCAGAUGAGCUUGACUCCACAGCGAUGGUCUGGCAGAGGUCUGCUGGGGUGCAACAUUGUUCCAAUACCUCGGUGAUCUUCUUCAUAUGAAAAACUCUUCACCUUUAUGUUUUUUUUCCAAUUAACUUUGACCAUAAAGUUUGGUUUUGACUUUCAUUUUGGAACACAUCUUAUAAUACUGGCCUGGAAGUUCUACUCAUCAAAUAAAAUGUU